AUGCAACAUGAGGUCCCGAAAAAGAAACUGUAUCAACAUGCGGCACUGAUGGCCGGAAGAGAAUUUUGCUACUCGAUUGAGCUUGUUUCUGUAACUCCGAUUCUGCGAAAACUCGGUGUCACCGACGAGGGAACCAGUUGGGUGUGGAUUAUUUCGCCCAUUUUGGGACUCACAAUCGGCCCUUGGAUUGGCUCCUGGUCCGACAGAUGCCAGUCAAAACUCGGUCGCCGGCGGCCAUUCAUUCUCGCUCUUUCCGUUCUUGCCAUGAUUGGCAUGACACUUCUAUCCUUUGCAGUUGAAAUCGGAGAUUUAUUCGAUGGAAUGGAGCAAAGAAAUCUUAUCGGCCUCAUCGUCGCUAUUACCGGUUCGCAACUAAUGGACUGGGGCUUGGACUCUACUGAAACGCCUGCAAAAGCUUACACACUGGAUUGCAUUCAAAAUCUAGCUGAUCAGGAUUCCGCGCUGAACAUUCAAACUUUAUUUAUUGGCGUCGGCGGAGGAAUUGGCUACCUCUGCGCAGGAAUCUUCGGAAUGGAUGGCAACCAGAAACUCUACUUUCUCGCGCUAGCGUUUUUCGCCGUGUCUCUCUUCUCAACGAUGAUUUCUUUCAAAGAGCGAAGGUAUCGUCCGAAGAAGAACUUACCAAAGAUUCCCCCACUGGAAAGCAAUUCUGAUCCCACGGCAACAAUUCUACGUGAUCGCGCAAUUUCAGCUGUGAAGUUUUCCGACGAUACGAAAUUCGCAAGCAAAAUGAAACGAGUCAAGGCGGAACUUACAAGUGGUGGCAAAGUGACGAACGUAACGCACUCGGAAGGCUUUAUUCAUCGAAGUCAGUACAUCAGGCCGAUUACGAUGGCGCGUGGUUUCGUGAUGUCGACGACCCGCUGGACCAGCGGCUCCGUCUAUCGACUUAACGAUACUAACUCGAUGCCUGGUGGGCUUGAUAAAGAUGACUGGUCUGACCCCGAAUUCGACUUAUCAGAGGACGAAAGCGAUUCCGACGAUAGUCGGACAGACGGUUUCAUGAUCAUACAGCAGAAGCUGUUGAAUAAAUCCACGAGUGACGAUGACAAGCUUUCCUGCACAACUUCAACACCUUGUCUAGCACAGGACGUCGUUGCCUACGAGCAAGAACUGAACAACAACGUCAGCUCCAUUCUCGAAGUAACUCCUCCUAUCGGCGCAAAGAAGAAGAAGAAAGAAAAGAAAAAGAAGCCCAUACUCGUUGAGCAAGAAAUCACCUUUAGAAACAUGAUGCGAUCGAUCUAUAAUAUGCCUAUUGAGCUUGCCACUUUGUGCCUUUGCGACCUUUUUAACUGGAUCAUGAUUCUCACGAUUAUCAUUUAUUAUACAGAUGUCUUCGGAUUCGUCGUUUACGAAGGAAAUGUCGAUGAGCCAGAAAACUCAACAGAUUACCAAAACUACAAGGAGGGAUUUACAAUGGGCUGCUACGGUCUCGUCGUUUACUCAAUAUCCAUGUCGAUCUUCUCUGCUCUAAUAGAAAGAUACGACAUGUUCAACAGACUCGGGAUGAAGUUCAUGUACGUCUUGGUCUACACACUCAUUGCGAUUUCCAGCUUCGUGAUGUUUCUUUACCCAUUGAAGUUCGUGAUUCUUUCGUUGACAUUCGUCAUCGGUUCCGGAUUCGCCGUUUUGUACACGCUUCCUUUUCAAAUAUUAUCAAGAUACUUCCAGUCUAAGACAUAUCUCAGAAAGUCGCCGCCUGGAACCAAAAGAAGCUACGGGCUCGACUGUGCCAUCCUUAUCUCGCAGACUUACCUCGGCCAGCUAAUAAUGUCCCUGAUUGCAGGGCCUAUAAUCGCCGCUUACUCCUCUCCAAGCGUCAUAUUUCUAAUCUGCUCAAUUUGCGCCGUUUGUGGUGCAUUCGUCAGCGGCUUUCUCGUGCAUUACCAAGUCAAGGAGCCGACUUCGCUAAAAUAA